GUCGGACGCCCGCCCGCAUCUUAACCUCAACUUCAACCUCAUCUUCCUGGUCUCGACAACGCCUCAUCAAAUACCCUCGUUCUUCCGAGGACCUUUCCUAUCUUCGAAGAUAUUACCUAUUGUGAUGUUAUCGAGCCAAUGCUGCAUUUGUUACUCUGUACAUCACUUCGCAUCUAGACUUGUACAUGUACAUUACAUACAACCAGAGAGCGGAUAUCCCUUUGGACAGCCAUAAUGACCUCAUCGCUACCGCUGGAUUUGCAAAUGGCGUUGAACUCCCCUGAUCCGCGUGCUGUCCUUCGUCUAUCACAACAAACCCAAUCAUUCCUAAAAAGCCAUCCUGUGCAACAGCCUUCCUUUCCCUUUUCCGUGUUUGCGACUGCAGAGACACCUGAAUUAUGGUUAACUUACGAACAAUUGCUUCUGGCUUGCUUGAGGAUACGUGAUGAUGAAUCCGCGCGCCAAUGCUUGGAACGGCUAUCAAAACGCUUUGGACCCGCCAAUGAACGCAUCAUGGCACUGAAAGGCGUCUACGAGGAAGCACUUGCGAAAGACCAAGAUGCCCUCGAAGAAAUCCUUACAGGUUACGAAAAAGUGCUUGGCGAGAACCCAGUGAAUGUGCCAAUUUUGAAACGGCGAAUUGCCCUCCUACGAUCUAUGUCGCGGUCAGCGGAUGCUAUAUCCGCUCUAGUAGAUUUCCUCGAUGUAUUCCCCACGGACGCAGAGGCGUGGUGUGAACUUGCCGAUCUAUACCAAACCCAGGGAAUGGACAUGCAGGCUAUAUUUUGUUUGGAGGAAGCCCUUUUGGUAGUACCAAAUGCGUGGAACCUCCAUGCAAGGCUAGGCGAAGUGGAGUACAUCGCAUCGACUUCAUCGGACAACCAAGAGACGACCCUGAAACUCCUGGCCGAUUCCGUACGCCGGUUUUGUCGAAGUAUUGAGCUGUGUGAUGAUUAUCUUCGUGGCUAUUACGGACUUAAAUUGAGUACCACCCGCCUUUUGGAUAAACAAUCGGCAAAGUCCGCUACGCAAACGAAAAAUAUUGAUGUUGGCCUGCCCACGCAAGAGACACUCACGAAGCUACAAGCGCUAUCGACCAGAAAACUACGCGAGAUCGUACAAUCGAGGUCGGCCGAUAUCAAAAGUUGGGAGAGGAACCAGAGCGAGCUAAUUGCUGCCCAAGAAUUGCUUGAUCGGGAGGAUAAGUAAGGGGAAAAGGUAGCGGUGGGUGUGGCCUACACCGUAUCCUUUUUCAUCUUUCCACUAUUCUUUCCACCCGGCAUCUCAGCCGCAUGCUAGAUAUGAAUGAAAGCCUCGCGAAGUUGGACCUAUCCAUACCCUUGAACUGUUAUGAUCCUUGACAUGAUCCAGCUGCCAAUACCCACCUUCCACCCGCUGCGGCCCGAAAGGAUAAUGAUUCACUUGCCGACGAUUAAAUUAACUGGAAGCAUCGGAACACGACAGAUAUUCUAGAUCCCUGUUCAUUAAGAACCAACGCGCGAAAGCCGACGAAAGUGUACCAAUAUAACGUCAUACUUUUAAUGCCUGUUCAACCUUUCUUCUCUUGCCUUGUUCUUUCAUGUUAUCUACAGUUAUAUUUAUCAAACGCGUUGAACGAAGGCAAGCGCGUUGAAUUUACAUUUGUAUUUUUAUUUCAUCUUGGAUUAUUUUAUUUUAUUUUAUUCGCAGUUAUCUUGUCAUUCAGCCACUAUUUCCAACGCAACCCAGCUGCUGACAGUUCACGUAAUAACUUCAUAACGUUUGUCUACCUGAUACAUAUCGGAUUGUUAUGUUUCGAUACUGAGGUCCUCCCUUCCAUUGGCUCUUCAAGAGAGAUGCCUUACGACUAGUGCGCCUGGAUUGGGCAGGAAGGAAGACGUGGCACCAAGCAGUUUGACAUUCUACUUUUGCUUCCUCUAGCUGCCAAUUUUCCUCCCGCCUCCUCCCAUGUGGAACAGAGGACCAAGGAAGCACAAGGACGGUAACAAGGGAACCAAGCGGGGCUUUCGACUGUAGCUCCAAAUAUGCUAAAUUCAGGAGGGUCUCAGGGGACUUAUGAUGCGCAUGAAUGUAAGUGCAUGAUAAAAGGAUUGGUUUGGUCGAUUGGUUACAUUCUUUUUUAAAAAGAGAGUAUAUUCAUCGACUGCCAUGCUUCCUUCUCGCUUUCCUCACCGCUUCUCACAUACCGCGUCGACUGCUAAUGGAUGAUUUGACGGAGAAGGUGAUGGAUGAUGCAAGCCACCCAAUCCACUGCUUGACUCGGGAUGGAUGAAUUGUUUAAUUUGUUCGCAAUUGGGGCAGAUUACCAGGUUGGUCUGCGCUAGCUAGCGAUUGUUAUUGGGGUGCGGGCUCUGGAGCAGAUCGUUCAAUGAAGGGGUAACUAAAUCUACAUUCCAAACUCAAAAAUUUCGGAGAACGAUACUCCGCGCGUUUUGUGUCAAUUUCUGCUGAAUAUGAUGUCUCCGGGAACUAGGCAGUUGGGCGGACCUUGUCUUAUCAAUUAGUCUCGUUUCUGUUUGUCGAACUCGGAUUCGAUUUCAACCUUCGAUUUCGGUCUUUGCCGGAAAAUUGGCUCGACAACCGGCCUUGAAAACAGCAGACUUGUUGACCCAUUUUGGGCUUUGGUAUAUUUCAUGAUAUAUCUGACCCUGGGGUGAUUUUCUGCCAUGGAUAACCCUCUCGGUACCGCACUGGACUCCGCCGGACGCCGCUGGACCGGACGACAGGAUUCGCUAUCAGAUUCUCACUCAUUCACUUUUCAUUCUCAGAGACUUAAGACAUCGUUUAGCAUUUACUUAUCAAUCUUCCCGUUGCAUCUGUGCUUGUAUGCACUCAUACGUACAGAGACAUGGCUUCUCUUCGUCCUCCUCCCCCGGGUCUAGCGAGAACAAAUGACAAAGGACACCCACCGCAUCACCCUGCUAUGACAAUUUACGAUAGCGGCCAAAGUCUAUCCCAUUCAUUCGACAACUCUCACCAUUAGACUGCGUCCCCUCAGCCUUUUGGCCGUUGGGCUGACUCCCUGUCCGCUUAUCUCUUGGGAUCCGGCCGGCCAGAGAUUCCUGCCUGAGUCUAUGUUUUGAUUAAUCAUGCUAUAGGCCGGCUCUGACCCUAACUCUGGGCAGCCAGACGCCUUUUGGGCAAUGAUGAUAAGGGAAGAAAGGAAAUAAAACCACAUUGUCCAUCAUCAUUUCUUCAUUUCCCAUUCGUUCUCACUGUACUAUCUAGCGAGCUGUCAGCGUACCGCAUGUGUGUCUGUACGUGAUUGACUCCUUGCGAUCUGGGAUGGGCUAGGCACGGCAGAGAGCGGAGUGGGUGUACGAUAUCCUGCGGUAAGUACGAUUUAAUGUAGGAGGCUUAUUUAGGAUAACUUUGAUGUUUCUGACGAAAAGGUUUGAGCGAUGACAAGUCGGUUUAACUACUACGCGUGAAGUGGAGCGCCUGAGGUCUGGAAGGACUAAGGAAGACAGGAAGAGGGGCGAUUUAAAUAUUGAAAAGGCCCGAGCCUCGUUGGGUGGAGGGAGAGCGCCCGUUGUAUGACCGGACUUCCAACAGACGGGGGAUCUGGGUCUGUUCUUUGACGAUCUUUCUAUUAUUUUAUAUUCCUUUUUAACUAAAUUCCCAAACUCAGAGCUUCCUCUUAUUUAGAUGCAGAAGAUCUGCAGCAGUGGAUGAAUAUAUUAUUACACAUUAAAAUCUCCCUUUUAAACGAGUGGGAUUUCCGUGCUAAUAAUCAUCAGCGUGGCACAAACAUCGUCUCACGAAGGAAGAAAAAGAAAAAGGAACCAAUAUCUGUCAACUAGCAAGCCACAGCGGAAGCAUUAGGGUUGGUUAACAAUGCGAUGACAAUACAACGCACUGUUUGCCUCAUCUCAGGUCCCACCGUGGUCCGGUCAAUUAGUUGCCUUCUCCCAUUUAUGCUCGAGACAACUACGUGGAGGGAGGAGACAGUAAGGGGGAUUUCUAAAAAAACGACCUGCUCUUUGUGCAUAAAGGAUAGAUAUGGCUUUGAAAGGGCAAUGUUGCAUUUUACCUCCCACAAACAGUGUCAAAAUAAGUUAAAAUUGCAAAGUGCGCGGUAUAUCGGAUGUACCCCGCAAGUCACCGGCCACGCAGCUACCAGUGAGAACGGAACCUCAAAGUGAAGCGGGAGGUACAUGUAUGUAUGUAUGUACAUUAUUAUUACAUGUAACGUAGUUACAGUACAUACAC